AUGCUUGACCGCUUGGCCAUCAACACGGCAGCCCAGGUCCUGGAGAUCUGGUCAUAUAUACAUUGUCAGAUUGACUGUGUUGAUCUGCCUAUCCUUCGGGCGUUAAUAGCAGAGCAUCGGGAUUUCCUCAUGACAAUCUCAGAUGCAAAGGCUCCUGAAGUAUUGAGACUCUCUAUAACUAUCGAGGCGUUGUCAACAGAGAAGAUACUCUAUGGAUCAGAGCUCGUAGCACUACGAGACGAGAUAUUCUGCGUUGUAACUCGAAUCAAAGACGGAUGGGUCGCGUUCCUUUCAUGGCCCGAUAUGGCCAGUCUAUUGAAACUGCGAGUUGCGAUGGCCAACUACGAUGACAUCUUGUGCGACCUUGAGACACAACAGAGGCUUAGAGUUGAGGAUGCUAUCAUCCAUGUCAAGGUUAAGCGAAAACGUUCCCCUUCACCCGGUGCCAGUCAUAAACAGCGCAACGAUUGGCAACAGCCCGCGAGUGAACAGUUCAGGCCACCAUUGAAGAGGCAAGACUGCCGUGAUGAAAUAUUCCGAGGGCUCGUCGCGAUGACGUUUCCCCAGAGGAAACGCAUCAACCAUAUAAUGCAGCCUGCUGCCGGGGAACUAUACCUGGUGAAUGAUACAAAAUCUCGGUGCUGGCUGGUAGCGCUUGUUCUUCCUCAUACCAAUCUACAUGAUGUUGGUAUCCCGGGAACUCUAGAGAGUCUUGGUCUUUUGAAACGCAUACCUACGUCAAUCUCAUUCAACGCCAAGACACAACGAUUCGAAUGGCGAACUGGGGGUGAAAAUGGUAGACCAUUCGCCUGUAUACAGAUGUUUCCCGUCGCAUAUUUUGCAAGUAUAAGAUUCCCAGACAGUCGCGCCAUGGGCUGGGUGAGGGCUGAUCAGCUUCGGGCUUUUGAUGCAUCAUGCGUCAAUCCCUCGAGCAUUCCAUAUUAUGCUCUUGUGCGAAGCUUUUUGGAAAGACGAAUAGCAUCACGCACUCGCACGAGCUGGAUUGAACCUACAUCUCCUGAGCACUCUGUCGAACAUAAUGGCCAACGGUCGAACGACUGGAAUACCCCGACGAAGAAUGAGACAACGGAAGCCCACGUCUCUGCAGCAAGGGCCAACAGCCGUCAGCAGUUCCGGGUAACACGAUCUGGUUCCUUCCUUUGUGCAGUCUCGCCAGGAAGAAAAAGCUCUGGAGUUCACCAUACUUCCGACAAGUCUUUGGUGCCAGCAUCGACUGCCAAUCCUACAGUGCCUCGUCGGACAUACUCAAAAGGCGAAGUUGGGUAUGCUAGCCCGAUGUGCUCGCCAUGCCCGAUAGACACGCCAGUCUUCAAUGUCGACAGCAAAAGUCCAAAGUUGAAAACUGUGUCGCUGCCUAGUUUACAAAGCACGUUCAAGGGGGCUCCUGGAGCUCGGUUUGGUCUGUUUAAGUGGCCAGAGCUUGCAGAGCCUUCAGAACGCGUUCUUUACAAACUCUCAGGAAUGUCCAAAAUUAAGGGCGUCAAGCCACUUCCUAGAGACUUUCUUGAUAGCGAGGGCUUACUUUGCUGCCCGUUAUGUCCUGAUACCAAACAGUUUGGACAUCUAAGUCUCUUCACGGAGCAUUUGCUGGCGCAGCAUUGA